AUGACCACCCCCCGAGCAUUCGUAGUCCGCCACGGCGAGACAGAAUGGAGUCUGAACGGGCGCCACACAGGCACGACCGAGCUUCCGCUCACUGAGAACGGGGAGAAAAGAAUACGGUCGACGGGGCAGGCGCUGGUGGGAGAUGACAGGCUGAUUGUGCCGAGCAACCUGGCGCAUAUCUACGUCUCUCCGCGCAAGCGCGCCCAGCGCACACUCGAGCUCCUGAAUCUCGGCUGCAAAGACCCGAUGCCGUGGCAGAAAGACCAACACUACGAGUCCGCUCAUCCAAGGACCAACGCCAAGAUCACCGUGACUGAAGACAUCAGGGAGUGGGACUAUGGCGACUACGAGGGCCUGACAAGCGCCACGAUCCGCGAAGAGCGCAGCAAGAAAGGAGAAAGCCCGAAUUGGAAUAUCUGGAAGGACGGGUGUCCCGGCGGCGAAAGUCCGCAGCAGAUCAUGGAGAGGCUGGAUCGGGUGAUCAAGGAGAUUAGGGAGAAGUAUCAUGAGCCGGCGUGCGGGAAGAAGAUGGGAGAGGCACCGCCUUGUGAUGUGCUGUUGGUUGCGCAUGGGCACAUUCUGAGGGCGUUUGCGGCGAGGUGGGUGGGGCAGGAUAUCUCGGCAAACCCAGCGUUGAUCCUUGAGGCGGGCGGCGUGGGGACAUUAAGCUAUGAGCAUCAUAGUAUCGAUGAGCCGGCGAUUCUUCUCGGCGGAGCAUUUAUGGUCAAUGUUGUGGAGAACGCAAGAGAGGAAAAGAACGGAUAG